AUGAUUAUCUACAAGGACAUUAUCACCGGGGACGAGGUCAUGUCCGACUCCUACGAUCUGAAGGAAGUCGAUGGCGUCGUUUACGAAGUUGACUGUGCCAUGAUCACCCUCGGCGCCGUCCAAGUCGACACUGGUGCCAACGCAUCUGCUGAGGAGGCCGAUGAGGGUGUCGAGGAUGGUGCAGUUCAGGUCAACAACGUGGUCAACUCCUUCCGUCUCCAGUCAACGUCGUUUGACAAGAAGUCAUAUCUCAGCCAUCUCAAGACGUACAUGAAGAAGGUUAAGGAGGCAUUGAAGGAGAAGGGAGCUUCCGAUGAGGAAGUCGCCGCAUUCGAGAAGGGCGCCUCCGCGUAUGCCAAGAAGAUUGUGGCCAACUUCAAGGACUAUGAUUUCUACAUCGGCGAGUCGAUGGACCCUGAUGGAAUGGUCCUCCUCAUGAACUACCGUGAGGAUGGUGUCACUCCCUUUGUCACUGUCUGGAAGCAUGGUCUCACCGAGAUGAAGGUCUAA